AUCUUUCUCUUCCUCUGUCUCUGUCUCUCUUUCUUUCUCGCUCUGUUCCUUUUUCUUUGCUCGGAAGGGGGAGGAGUAUUGACGGGCGGCGGCGGAGGUGGUGGUGGUGGUGGUGGUGGUGAUGGAUUUGUCGUGGGGUGUGCGCAGGGGGGAUGAGCGCGGCGGCGGAGGCGGAGGCGGAGGGCGUGGCGGGGAAGGGCAAGGGCAAGGAGAAGGUGGUGGAGGUGGAGGCGGCGGCGGCGGCGGGUCUGGUGGGCGGCGGAGUUGGAGGAGGAGGGAGCGCGGCGCUCGUGGCGUACCCGGCGCGGAUUGCGGAGUACAAGGACGUGGUGGCGGACGCGGCGGUCUUCAGGGCGGCGCUCGAGGGGCUGCACGCGCAGAUGGGGACCAAGCUCAAGGUGCCAAUUAUUGGUGGAAAAGACCUGGAUCUUCAUCAGCUGUUUAAAGAGGUCACUUCACGAGGUGGCAUUGAUAAGGUGAAAUCUGAUAAUAGAUGGAGGGAAGUAACAGCGUCAUUUAUUUUCCCGGCUACUGCAACAAAUGCUUCUUUUAUGUUGAAGAAAUAUUACAUGUCACUAUUAUACCAUUUGGAGCAGCUAUACUUGUUUCAAGCACAAGGCUGGCAUCAUGAAACCGAUUCCAGAAGUACUUCCUGUACAGAAAUGAAAGCGGAAGGUCAAGUUUCCCAGAAAAGGAAAAGGAGCAGUAAUUCUUGUUCUUCAGACCUAGCUUCUUCCGAUAAUGUUGAUGUGAUAAUUGAUGGCAAGUUUGAACAUGGCUACAUAGCAACUGUUAUCAUGGGCUCAAAAUCAACGAAAGUGAUACUCUAUAAUUCCACCGAAGAACCUGUUGUGUCAACUGUGGCACCCCGCGUUGCAAUUAACAGUGCUGGUUUGAAGGGCACACGUCGCCGCCGACGCAGGAAGAAGCUAAGUACAACAGACCCCAGACAUCCUAAACCAAACAGGAGCGGCUAUAAUUUCUUCUUCCAAGAUCAGCACAGGAAGCUCAAGCCAGAACAUCCUGGACAAGACAGGCUUAUCAGCAAGAUAAUCGGUGAACGAUGGAACAAUUUAAGCCCUGAAGAUAAAGCAGUAUAUCAAGAAAGAGGUGUAGAGGACAAAGCGAGGUACCAGAAGCAGCUAGCUGCUUAUAGAGAAGAAGUCAGAACAGGUCAGCCUAUCAGCAACGCUGUGCCUAUUCAGCAGAGGCUUCCUCAGAAAGAAGUGACGAUUGAUGAGGUGGACUCUAAAGUUAGUGAAGGUGAUAUCCGGCUGUCCAAUCAAGGAUGCAGCGGCAGUAGUAGCAGCAGCAGCGAUGAAAGCGCUGAUUCGGGAGAAAGAAAUGUGGAAGAUGAUGAAGAGUUUAACACCGAGACAUCUCCUGAGCCAAGCAUGGAAACAACAGAUUCUCAUGGACAGCCUGAUCCUUCUGCUGAUGGGGAUCGCUUUGAACUGCGCCGGAGGGAGAACCCUAAGAUAGAUGAGAAACGUGACAUGCCACCUAAUUAACGAUUGUGCCGAGUUGAAAAGAACAUUUCUGAAGGUAGCAAGACUAGAACAGAAUUUUAAGUGGCAACCAGCUGCAGGAUUUGUCUUCUACCUUUGUUGUAGGAUCAGAUUGCUGUUUUGUUUCACUUUUACCUUGGCAUCGUCUUUAGAAAGUGAUGUGCUUUUUUAGCGCAUUGAAUAUCUUCCUUUUUUUACUGCUAGCAAUUUGAAUUGCUAUUUCUUAGGUGAAGUGGUCAUUGGUCACUUCAGGGCAUCAUGGAGGUCUGAUGGUCCAGAAAAAAUGACAUUGUUUUGUUAUUCACUUUGUCAUAGGAGUAUACCAGUAUAUUGCUCACAUUAGAACUCAUUUAGUCUUAUACAGUUGUAAAGACUAAAUAUUGUUAGCAGGGAAAGUUUUGGUUAUAUGACAUGAAAAAUUGGUUAUACAAGAUGGCAAAUUUGAUGGUUUACUUGCUACUUCCAU